AUGCCACUUCACGCAGCAGGACCAACGCAAAUCUUUACCUUCCCCGACGUGCCCGCGCUCUCGCAAGGGCUCGACACCUACGUCGCCAAGCUCUCGGACGAGGCUAUUCGGCGCCACGGCAAGUUCACUGUUGCCAUCUCUGGAGGCUCGCUCCCCAAACAGCUUGCUGCUGUCUUGAAGCAUAACAAGUCCGUCGACUUUUCGAACUGGAUUGUCUACUUCGCAGACGAACGCUGCGUGCCUCUGGACCACGAGGACUCGAACUACCUCCUCGCCAAAACCGAGCUCUUCGACCACGUCGACAUCCCCCAAGAGAACAUCCACACCAUCGACAACGACCUCGUCUCCGACCCCGAAGAAGCCGCCGAGGACUACAUCUCCCAACUCGCAAAGACAUUCGCCACCAAGGAUUCUGUCCGUUUCCCCGUCUUUGAUCUCAUCCUCUUGGGAGUCGGCCCCGACGGUCAUACCUGCUCAUUGUUCCCCGGACAUCCAUUGUUGAAGGAGAUGACGAGUUGGUGUGCCUAUAUCACGGAUUCGCCCAAGCCUCCCUCGGAGAGAAUUACCUUGACCUUCCCUGUGUUGAACCAUGCCCACCAUGUGGCGUUUGUUGCGGCUGGUGCGGGCAAGCAGGAUAUGUUGCAUCAGCUUUUGGAUGCUCCGGGGCAUCUGCCCGCACAGAUGGUUAAGCCUGUCACGGGUACUCUGAGCUGGUUUGUGGAUGAUGCUGCUGCCGCCAAGAUCACCUCUGCCACCUACAAGGGCCUCGAGCGUCUCUGA